AUGAAACAAUAUAGGAUGAUUAAUUCGAGAUUAAUUGCAUGUGUUUUCAUUCUCUUAUCAUCAUUUUGUAUCUUCUUCGUGACGACGACCCAUUCCCAAGUGAUCGACCACCAACGAGUAUGGCCAGGGCCACCACAAGAAUCUGGCCCAGGCCCACCACCUGGCCCGUCCCCAUCACCACGGAACCGGACAACCCCGGCGGUGUUUUACUUUGGGGAUUCGAUCAUAGACACAGGAAAUAAUAAUAAUCUAACAACAGAAAUGAAAUGUAAUUUUCGUCCCUAUGGCAUGGAUUUUCCUCUCGGAGUUGCCACCGGUCGAUUCAGCAAUGGAAAGGUCGCUUCUGAUUACAUAUCCGAAUAUUUAGGACUAAACCCGAUUGUACCGGCAUAUUUCGACCCAAACGUACAACCAGAAGAACUUCUCAACGGUGUAUCAUUUGCUUCGGGUGGUAGUGGCUACUACCAUUUGACAUCCAAAAUAUAUAGAGUAAUCUCAUUGUUGGACCAAUUGACAUAUUUCCAACAAUACGUAGCGAGAGUAAAGAGCUUAGUAGGGCAAGAGAAGACAGAUCACCUAUUAGCCAAGGGCUUAGCCAUUGUAGUAGCAGGCAGCAACGAUCUAGCCAUUACAUACUAUGGUCAAGGUGCUCAAUGGCUCAAAGACGAUAUUCACUACUUCACUUCAAAGAUGGCUAAUUCUGCCGCAAGUUUCAUACUGCAGUUACAUGGAUAUGGAGCAAGACAAAUAGCAGUAGUAGGAACACCACCAAUUGGAUGCGUACCAUCACAAAGAACUCUAAAAGGUGGUCAUCGUAGAGAUUGUGCUCAAGAUCUAAACUAUGCUUCUCAGCUUUUCAACGCAAAACUCUCCAUCACUUUGGAUCAAUUAGCAAAAAACCUACCACAUUCUAAUUUUUUUUACAUCGACCUCUACUCUGCUUUCAGUCAAAUCAUAGAGAAUCCACAAGAUUAUGGGUUUGAGGAAAUAAAGAAAGGGUGUUGUGGAACUGGACUUGUGGAAGCUGGUCCACUCUGCAAUCGAUUCACAACAUUUGUGUGCUCCAAUAUAUCUGCUUACGUGUUUUGGGAUAGUUUCCAUCCUACCCAAAGAUUUUAUAAAAUCUUAACGAAAUUACUCGUCGAUAGAUACAGCCACCAUUUAUCUUGA